AUGUCGGACGGUCUUUCUGACCAAGAAUCAGCCUCCUCUAAAUACUCCGAUGCCCCGAUUACUGAACGGAGUCUCCAUAAAAUGCUACAGGAGCUUCGUGCAACGAUAACAGCGGAUUUUCAGCGAAUAGAUGAAGACCUCCGCAAAGAGAUCACCAACAUAGGUGAUAGAACUAGCCACUUGGAGAAUAAAUCAGAAGAGCUAUGCGCAGCCCAUAAUGAAGUAGUAGACAAACUUAAAAAAUUAUCUGAGGAAAAGGACAUGCUGAAAAUGAAACUAGCUGACUUGGAGGACAGAUCAAGGAGACAAAAUGUCAGAUUCCGUGGCAUACCCGACGAUGUCUCUCAGGACGCACUCCCGGCCUACAUUCUUUCUAUAUGUAAGUCACUAGUCCCAGAUCUUCCUGACUCUGCGUGGGCAUACGACAGAAUGCAUAGACUUCCACGACCGGCCCGCCUAUCAAAUGAGGUCCCCAGAGAU